UGUAUAGACUGUACUGUAUUGGGCGGUGAGGAGUGAGUGUUUGUGUUGUGAGCAUUGGUUUAGUCUCUCAUUGAAUGCAUUAAUGCAUUGAUCACUAAAAUAGAGACAAACGUUAACGUCAUUCACACCACACUCUCAGACAUGUAUUUCAUUGAUUGUAUCCAACAUUGAAUGGAUGUGUGAUUUAGUGGACACUAAUUGUCAAACCAUUGAAUAUAGUAUUUGAUGAGUGAAUGUGUUGUCAGUUUGUAUGGCAUUUGUUGACCGGUUUUUGCAUUCAUUUCUCACUGUAUUAUACAUUGAGAGCCAUUGAGGAGUGAAUUGAUCGCCAUUUUGGCAGACAUUCACUCAAUGAAAGACAUUCACAGCACUUAAGCUUUAGUUUAAUGCAAAUCUGGUUUUAUUUUAAUAAUAAUAAUAAUAAUUAACGAAUUGGUGUUGAAGUGAACGGUCAACCUAUCCGUCGAUAAUAACAAUUUGUGGCAAUAAUUGUGUUAAUUAUAUGGGAGUUCAUUAAAUAGCGAUCAACUAAUUGUACACUAAAUGAACGCUAAAUCGGAUUAAAAGCACAACUCAUUAGUGAUAAGAAGUGACGGAUAUAUUGUUUGACAAAGAAGUGACGACACGACACGAUUGAGGAUAUAAUGCAUGCACAGGGAAGAGGCUCUGCGGGCACUAACGGCUCGGGUGUCCUAAUGGUUGGCCCGAACUUCAAAGUGGGCAAAAAGAUAGGCAGCGGUAACUUCGGUGAACUCAGAUUA